CGUCAUUUGGAACUCGAACGACAUGGUCUGACCAGAGACCUUUCCCACCAGUGACCACAGAUUUUCUCCAACUGUUCUCCACCGCUCCAAUUCCCUCACGUUAUCAUAAUGGCCAAACGAAAGCACUCAAGCUCGCAAGCUUCGUCUUCGGCGCCCUCCAAAAAGAAGGGAAAGCCAACCGCGUCCCCCACCAAAGCACCCAUUGAGAACGACAUCGAAUCCUCCUUCCGUCCCGGUCUUUUCGAGAAAGAUGUGCUCAAGGAAUACAACACGCAAUAUCGUGAUUCUGGCCCCUACCCGCACGCCGUGAUCCCCACCCUCAUUUCAUCGCCGCUGCUGCACUCAGUCAAGAACGAGAUUCUCACGCACCUCUCCUUCACAGCGAAAGAAACCGACAUCUACCGGCUACACCAGACGGGCGAUCUCGCCAACCUCUCCGGGCUUCCACAGGAGCUUGCCGCAAAGCUCCCUUCGCUCCGCCGCCUCCGCGAUGCGCUAUACUCCCAGAAAUUCCGCGACUAUGUGUGCGCUGUCUCCGGAUGUGGACCAUUGAGCGGCACGAAGACGGAUAUGGCCAUCAAUGUUUACACACCCGGAUGCCACCUACUCACGCACGACGAUGUCAUUGGCAGUCGCAGAGUGAGCUACAUCCUCUACCUGUGUGGCAGCGAGGACGAGCCGUGGAGGCCUGAAUGGGGAGGUGCGCUACGGCUGUAUCCUACGGAAUUGGCGGACGACGGGACGAAAGUGCCGACGGCAGAGUGGUCACGCGUUUGUCCUCCUGCUUGGAAUCAGUUAGCGUUCUUUAAGGUUGUGCCCGGCGAGAGCUUUCACGAUGUCGAGGAGGUUUACGAUCCCGAAGAUGGAACCGAGCGUACUAGAAUGGCAAUCAGUGGGUGGUUUCACAUUCCACAGCGCGGCGAAGACGGUUUCAUCGAAGGGCUGGAAGAAGAGCUGGGCAAGAAGAGUUCGCUAGCGAGCUUGCAAACCAAGAGUGAUUGCUAUGACCGGCCACAGCCGCAGGUGGUGUCAUACAAGCAGGUGGACAAAAAAGGGAAGGGCAAGGAGGAAGAUGAAGACGACGAUGAUGCGUUCUCACCAGAAGAGAUCGACUUCUUGCUCAAAUAUAUCCACCCGACGUUCUUGACGCCCGCUACCCUCGAACAGCUAGCAGAGCAGUUUGCGGGCGAUUCGGCGAUACAGAUCUCAUCAUUUCUACGCAACACUUUUGAGAAGCCGCUGCGAGAGUACAUUGAGUCGAACGAUGGCAAGCCGAGCACUUGGCCCGUCGCCGUACCACCGCAUAAGCAGAAAUACCUCUACCUACAGUCCUCUAGCGGCGGCAAGGGGAUGACUCCGCUUGAAGAACUCGUCACCGUUCUCCUUCCUUCGCCACAGUUCAAGAAACUGAUCCAACACGCCACUGGACUAAAACUGACAUCUCGCAACAUUCUUGCACGACGGUUCCGGCGAGGAAUGGAUUACACACUGGCUACAGGAUUGAGCUCAUCUUCUCCCGCCACCGAAGAUAACCCCAUGCAGUUGGAGCUCACUCUCAACCUCACGCCUACUACUGGCUGGGAAUCCCCUAAUCCUGAGGAGGAAGAAGGUAUGAAAAAGAAGGAGAAAAAGAAAGCCAAGGGCAAGGGUAAGAGCAGGCUCAACCCGGAUUUCGUUCGAGAAGAGAAGGAGAAGCGGUUCGACGACUCCGCCCGCACUCUUGGAGGAUACGAGAUGUAUAUGGCUGCGGAAGACGAUGAUCCCACCAAUGAUCCCGCGGUAUACAAGGCUGGAGGAGAUGAGGAAGAGGAUGGAGUGCUGUUUGUUAACUACCCUGGAUGGAACUCUCUCAGCCUUGCGUUGCGCGACCAGGGUGUGCUGAAGUUCGUUAAAUAUGUUAGUGCUUCUGCGAAGGGUGAUCGGUGGGACUUGGUCGGGGAGUUUGGGAUGGAGAAGCUUGAGGAUGGGGAGAGUGAUGAGGAAGAUGACGAUGAAGAGGGAGGCGAGGAUGAGGAGGAUGAGGAGGAUGAUGAGGAUGAGGACGGAGAUACGAGUGGAAGUGAAGACGACGGUGAAUAUGAUAAUGAGCCGGAGUGGAAGGGGUGCUCUCCGUAGUAGGCUGGUAACGAUGGUGGGCACUGUGGUGGAUAUAGCAAAGAGCGUUUGCCUCGGGUACAUACCUACAUACAAAAGAUCUUCGAGUGAACAGUGUUAGAAAGUUCAUAAGUGCAUUGAAACUACGAAUGAGCAGUAGUUCUGCGAUUGGUGGUGGCUUUGUUGAAGCUCUAACAUGAAUCCUCACACAAUACUACCAGGAAGCUCGUGUUACGGAGGUAAGGAACGGAAAAGUAGCCAUAUUGUGGGCAGUGCAACCAGUUAGCCACCAUCUAAGAAGUAUGGUUGCAG